AUGUUUGCAAGUUGGACCGCCUGGUUUGCACCCAAAGUAGACAAGCAGGCGCGUGAACUUUGGGUCCACCAUGGCGGCAAACACGAUAUUCACCCGUCGCGUUGCAAUUUAUUCUUUAGCAACGAUAAAAACGAACCGGAAACGAGACGACUAUUGCAGCAAGAGACCGUUGUCAUAUAUCACCCAAGCUGGAUAACAGAUUGCCACAACAGAGGCCGUAAAGUGCAUUUAGGACCUUUUGUUCUGCCGGAUUUCGAUAUUCCUAUACGACGUCGAAUUCAAGCGCACGUUUCCUUACCUAAUUCCCCGAAUUCACCACCCGUUCUAACAUCGACAUCCAGCUCGCCUACUCCUGCUCCUACCUACACUCGGAACAAUUCUUCUACUUCCGGAAGAUACAGUCUGCCAAUGAAUGUAACCCUUGAACGAUUGGCUUCACUAAGUUACGUUGAUGACUUGGAUCCCGAGUAUGGAAUACCGAGACAACGUGCACGAAAAGUCAGAUCAUCGGAUGUGUCUUUUAUGGAUUUUUCCAGCAUAAACGGUAGUGCUAGUGCAAGCGUUAUCGAGAACGAAGAAGUAAUUGAUGAUAUGGAUGCGAACGCGACUGAAUCAAAAUUACCUGAAUACUUUUAUAGGCAGGAUGGGUGGAACAAUGGGCCGCCUCCUUCACCAACACCGCCUCAACCGACUAGCAGGGCUUCUCGUUCUCCCUUACGAAAGAAGAGAAGGCUAGACAGUCCAGAAGUUUUUAGGAGAGAUGAAUGUGAGCAUGAACGAGUGAGUGCUGUUGAAAACUUAAACUUUGGAAACUCAAUCGGGAAUGCAAUGGACAACGAACAAGAAACUGUAAAUUGCAACGUUGAGAACCAUGUGGAGGAAAUAAUUAAUGAAGGACAUGAAGAUGACGUGAUCGAAGACCAGAGAAAUAGCCGUUCCAAAAGGGCGACUCCGACGCGUUCGGAAUCAUUGCAUCCGAUGCCUUAUCCAAACUCACCCACCCCUUCCCGUUUUCAUACACCUCCAACACCUACACCACAACCUUCCACAAUUAGUGCCAAUCAGUUAAAACAGCGGGCAACCGUUUUGCUGAUGGCUUUAAACCCAUCGCGAACGUCCAUAUUUGAGGCAGUCGAAAUACUUCGACCAGGGUUUGUUGAGCCAAUAGCAUUCCACGAAAAAUCAUAUAUAACUCGAAAAUGUCGUCCACUUCCAGCUAACAAUGCGACCACUUUAGCUGAAGCGGUUAGAAUCUUGGACACAGAAAAUCCUAUCGAAUUUUUACGUGGGGAAGAAGACUUGCAACUCGACGAAGCUGAUUUCAAAAUCCUUCGUGAUGAUGAGAUCGCCGGUCGAGAAAUUGAAGACCCGGUUAUACACAAACUCGAGGACACCAAUGAAGCGCUCAUGCAAUGCGUAAAGGAAUUACGACUCGGGUUAAAAAAUUUAGGAGGGUUAGCACCAGAUAGCAAUGAGGCGGUGCGUUGUGAAUUCAUAUCACCAAUUCUGCAUGCGUCAGUUAACCUCCUCGAAGGUCUUAUCCUAGCACCACAAUUCGAAGUCGUCGGUGAUGAAACCACUGGUCGGGUUGAUUAUACUGUCAAAAAACUCUUGGAUUCACUGCGAGAGGAAAUUAUGUGUAUCACGGAAAGUAAACCACACCAAGUGGCGAUUGGUUUCUACUUCAGAUUGAGAGCGCGUGUCAAACGAAUAAGCGGAAACGUAAGGCAUUUUCGACUCAUACGACUACAUGUAUGGGAUUGUAACUACAGCGAGAAGGAUUACCUCAUCAGCUUCAAAAAGUCGGCCCUCGAUAAUGAAGACGAAUUCCGGCGCAAUGUAAAAAGGUUAAUGGAGGUAAUCGUUGGUUUGUUGGAAGAUAGGGCAGGCGCAGUGAAUGAGGAACCAUUGGCGAAAAAACGUCGCGUUGGUAAUAUUUUCAACAAAUAG